CGUGUUUUGUUCGUGUGUGGCUGGCGCAGGGAAGGUAGAGUGACGGGCCGCCGCUCCUGACCUGGCCUGACCUGACCCUCGCCUGCCAGUGCCACCAUGGAGGAGGUGGACCUGGCGGAGGAGCAGCCCAGGCCACGGGAUGACGCGCCGGAUCCCAGGAUACAGGUGGAGCUGGAGUGCCUCAACACAGCCACUGAUACAAUCAACAAAUUGGAGGUGGACCUUGAUGAGGCACGCAUGCUGUUCCGUCAACUGCUAACAGACUCAACACACCGCAUUGAUGCCUUGGCUAAGCGACUGGGGAAGUGUGUGGAGCAGUCACGACCAUACUAUGAAGCCAGGAUUCAGGCCAAGCAGGCGCUGCGGGAGACCCAGGCGGCGGCUUGGCGGUAUGAGCGAGCCAGCAGUCAGCACGCGGCGGCCCGGGAGAUGGUGUUCCUGGCAGAGGAAGGGCUGAUGGAGAAAGGCUGUUCCUUUGACCACACCUGGCAGGAGAUGCUGAACCAUGCCACAUCAAAAGUGAACGACGCGGAGAAGGAGAGGAUGGAGAGCGCUGUGGAGCACCGGCGAACGUCUGCACUGUACCACGAGGCUGAGACACGGGUGAAGGCACUGCAGAAAGAGCUGAAGAGGGCUAUUGCCAAGUCCAGUUUGAAUGCACGUCGCAGCCUCUUGCAAAUGAAUAACCUUGUGAGGAUGCAUCAGCUGCAGUUGCUGCCUUACUUUGAGCUCAAAUCUGCUGUGAACCAGCAGCUGGAGGCACAGAAGCAGCAGGUGCGGCAGCUGGAGGAGAGUGUUGGGCGAGCCAAGAUGACGUACUCCCAGGCGUUGGCCAAUCUGGAGACCAUAUCAGACGAGAUCCACCGUACUCGGCAGUGUCAGGAGCUUGGGGUGCGAGGCAUUGGUGUCGGUGCAGACUCCCCUAUACCCCCAAUGGAAGCUGGACUGCCGCUCACCACUCAGCCCCUCCACUAUGCAGAGUCCAUCUCUGACAGUGCCAAUGCCUCCCAGGAGUUCAAGUCUUUACCAGGGAAGCUUGGCCCUGUGGCAGCUCCCAUCUUAACCACAGCACAGGUAACCAAAGCAGCCAUCACACACGUCUCCUCAGCCUGCAGCCUGCCAGCAGAGCCUGAUGGUUGUGAGGACGGCUGCAAGGUGCCUGUGGAGAAGGCAGAGGCACGGCAUGAGAAGGAAGAAAAGAAGAGCCGUGUCACGGAGCAGAGUGGGGAGGUCAUUGUAGAGGAAGUGGAUGGAGGAACCACCAGUACAGAUCUCAGUGGGUGGCAGGUGAUAGGUCUCAGCACACCACCUCUCAGCAGUGGCCAGUCCCAAAACUACCUCACUGUGGACGACCGAGACUCUACCGUGUCAGACACUGAGAGUCUGGCCAGUAUUGAGAUGCUGAGUGAUGAGGCAAUAGCUGGCCUGAUGCUGGAUGAGGAGCUGGCCCAAGCAUCCUGCACCAUGUACACCACCACCACCACCACCUCCACCUCCACCUCUGCUCCUGUGGUCGACCCACCUCUUGGCUCAACAUCCAUUCACUUCCUGCCGGCCUUCUUCCACAGUAGUGGAGGUGGUGGGGGCCAGUCUGGGGGUGGAGAGGGAGGGUUGGGAUCCAAGCCGCUACAAGGCUCUAGUGGUGGGGACUGUUGUGGCAGCAUCACUCACUCCCUGAUGGGGCUGAAGGUGGACUCUAUCGCUCCAGGAACACGUCCUCACCCACCACCAGACAGCCUCCGCUUUAUGCAGCAAGACUCCUCAUCUGAACACUCCUCCCCAGAGGACCUCACUCCUGGUUAUGCCCCCUUGAGGAACACCCCUGGUUCUCCUGAAGACUUCUUGCCUUCAGGCCAAACUUCCCCACCCAGCACCUCCACCAGUGAAGAUGCACCACAUUGCAGCUCCUGGGUGCUGGGGAACACACCAACUGUCAAGAAGUAGACCAGUCGUGUGUGUGAUGUAGAGUGGUUGUGGAUGGUGGUAGUUGUGUGAGAGAGAGAGAGAGAGAGAGAGAGAGAGAGAGAGAGAGAGAGAGAGAGAGAGAGAGAGAGAGAGAGAGAGAGAGAGAGAGA